GCUUUUUCAAACUCAAGGUCGACAGGUAUUUUCCCACUUCACGUAAGAUAUAUACCCAUCCUUCAAGUGUACUUUGAUUUUAAUUUUUCAGAACCUUCUUUCGUAUAUUGAAAUCUUCCACCGCAUGAAUUUUGAGUAUACAAAUGGAGACCUUAUAUUACGGUCAACUAAUACCUCUUCAAAGUUCGAUAAAACUUUGAAUUCCUUAUGGACUCUCGCUUAUGAAUCCAAUUACUUUCAUUACAAAAUUGAUACAUCAUUGAGUUCAGUAAAGAAAAUUUGUUCUGGAAAUGUAAAUAUUUUGAUUUUACCUAACAAUAAUCGAUUCAGCCAUCGGCGUAAACCACAACUAUUUAAGACCAUUAAUGAUCCACUUUCAUCCGAAUCCUUCAAUUUUAACAAAGUCCCAAAACAUGAAUUCUUGUUAAAUGUUUCUGAAAAGUAUACCACAAAAUCAUGUUCUAUACUGAUAAAUGUCAGUCCAUUUUCAUAUUUACAUUCUCUCUUGGUUCCGGAAGUAGAAAAAUGCCACAAUCAGUUCCUUGGAAAAGACUCCUUUUACUCAGUAAUCAAGUGUUUUCUUUUGAGUAGCAACAGAUAUUUGUGUAUGGGCUUCAAUAGUCUGUUGGCUCAUGCCUCUGUAAACCACUUACAUCUCCACUUAUGGCAAUCACCAGAAUACUUACGAGCUAUGUCCACAGAUAUUAAACUGAAAUAUGAAAAUUCACUUUACUAUGAACUGGUUAAUCAUCCCGUAGAUAAUUUUGUUCUUGAAUUAACCGAUUUAACAGAACUGGAUCGGUUUGUAAACUAUUCAUGGAUAGUAAUCUCAUCUUGUCAACAUCUACAAAUUGCUCACAAUGUAUUUGUAGCACGUUCCAAAUCCACUGGCUGUGUACGUGUUGUUGUCUGGCCGCGUUGCUCAGUUUUUGAAGUAAAAAACCUAUCUACAAUUGAUUCAGAACCCAGUUUUUAUGUCGCUGUUGCCGAACUCGCCGGAAUGAUGGUUGUUGCUAGUGAAGAUGUUGCCUGUACGUUGAACUUUGAUAAAGUAGAAACCAUCUUGCGUAGCGAACGUCUACCCAGAGGCACCAUCCACGCCCUCGAAUGCAAAGUAUUCGAAACUGUAAGUAUCCAAGAAGCGUAACUAAGACCAGAUUAACUUAUUUUGAAAAGUAUCCACAAACAUGCACCUCACACUUUUACUAUUCUGAAUCCACUUACUGUCCAAAUUUUGUUAUACAAUGUAACCUUAAAGUUCGCCAACUAAACCGGUAAUUUGUUACUUUGAUAUUAUGUUUAUUUUACCUGCCUUUACUUUCAUUACAUCCCCACUUUUAAAUGAUCAAGAAGGCUUCCCUCUCCACAAAUUGUACUCAUUAGUUGAACUCCUUACGACAGCUCCAUGCCAUGCUAAUCACCAUUUUUAAUUAAAUACAUUACCAGCAUGAACAUACUUU